AUGGGACCCCGAAAUAUUCGCUCCGAUUCCGAACGCCAAGGGCCGUUGAGCCGGUCAUUCACCUCGAGCUCCCCAAUUGCCGCUUCUGCAAUCGCUCGAGACCUGGCUAACUACAGCGAGGAGGAACAAGAUCCCAGCGAUGAGAAUUCCAGCGCGAUUCCCUGGCCGCCCGGGAGCUUUUCCAGCAAUACCCGCUCACUAGCUGGGUCAUAUCGCCGCCCUAGCAACUUUACCUCCGUCAGCCACGCAACCAUUAUCCCCUGGACCGGAGAGCAGCAAGUCCUAUCCAAAAGCGAACACCAGGAUAUCAUCGAGGAGGAACGCCGCCUAUUGAGCGAUAACAAUGUCAUCCCACCGGAGCAUGCCCACGGCAAGUCCCACGGCCUGCAGCACAAAAUGAGUGGAUUGCUUUCCGCUGCGAUUGGCCAGGGAUCCCCAUCGCGACGAACGAGUCACUCGCAGCGAUCGCGAAGCCGGCCUCGCCUGCCAGACGGCGCAGGCGAAACGACAGCACUACUGGGUGAUACGAUUGAGUCCGGGGAUUCCGGCAGCGAGAUGGGCCCGGAGGAAAUCGACCGGAAAUGGGAAGAAGCUGUCGCGGCGGGCCUGAUCCAUACGACGUGGCAGCGGGAAGCGAAGGUCAUUGGGAGGUACUCCUUGCCGUUGAUGGUGACGUUUCUCCUACAAUAUUCCUUGACGGUGGCGAGCAUUUUCACCAUUGGGCACCUUGGAAAAGAAGAAUUGGGCGCGGUCAGUCUGGCGAGCAUGACCGUAACCAUUACCGGAAAUGCGGUAUUUUCUGGCCUGGCGACCAGUUUGGAUACCCUCUGCGCGCAGGCUUAUGGCUCUGGGAAGAGGAAGCUGGUAGGACUCCAGAUGCUGCGGAUGGUGUACUUCCUGUGGAUUGUUACCAUCCCCAUCAUGGUGCUCUGGUACUUUUCGGAGCACGUUUUGGCCAAGAUCGUGCCCGAGACAGAGGUCGCGAAGAUGGCCGGUCUCUAUUUGAAGAUUGCUCUCCUGGGCACGCCCGGCUUUGCUUGCUUCGAGAGUGGCAAGCGAUACCUGCAGGCCCAAGGUGUUUUUUCAGCGUCUUUAUAUGUGCUGAUCUUCUGCGCGCCACUCAAUGCAUUCCUUAACUGGUUCUUUGUCUGGAAACUUCAAUGGGGCUUCAUUGGCGCGCCUAUUGCCGUGGUCAUCACGGAAAAUCUCCUUCCAAUCUGUCUGUUCAUCUACGUCUAUUUCUUCGUUGGAUCCGAGUGCUGGUGUGGUUUCAGUCGCCGCGCAUUCCAAAAUUGGGGUCCAAUGAUCCGCCUGGCACUCCCAGGGCUCAUCAUGGUAGAGGCAGAGUGUCUGGCCUUCGAAAUCCUGACCCUUGCAUCCAGCUAUCUCGGCACAUCCGAGCUCGCAGCCCAAUCUAUCCUGGCAACCAUCUCAAGCAUCACAUGGAAUAUUCCAUUCCCACUCUCUAUUGCGGGUAGCACGCGAGUAGCAAACCUGAUCGGGGCCACUUUGGUCGACGCCGCCAAGACCUCUGCCAAGGUGACCCUUUGUGGCGCUGCCAUUGUCGGCUUGUUUAACAUGGUCCUUCUAUCAACUUUGCGCUCGUACAUUCCCAGGCUCUUCAGUUCCGACCCUGAGGUUGUCGAGAUCGUGGCGCAGGUUCUGCCGCUCUGUGCGGCUUUCCAGCUAUUUGAUGCUCUGGCCGCCAACUGCAAUGGAAUCCUGCGUGGUCUCGGCCGUCAGGAGGUAGGUGGGUACAUUCAACUCUUCCUUUACUAUGUGAUUGCCAUGCCGCUCAGCAUGAGUACGACCUUUGUUCUAGGAUGGGGUGUCAUGGGUCUGUGGACCGGCGUAGCCCUUGCCCUCGGACUUGUUUCUCUCAUUGAGGGCAUCUUCAUCAGCCGCGCUAAUUGGAAUCGCUCCGUCGAGGAGGCCGUUCGUAGAAACGAACUGACUUGA